CAGAAAAGUCUUCCACUCUCUAAAAAGCUUUGCAAGUAUUAAAGAGCAGGCACAAAACCAGAGCCUGCCUUCCUUGUUUUGUGUGUUUCUGUCUCCAAAGAUUCUGCUGAAGUUUUAGGGGAAUAUAUUACAUAACUCCAUGUGCUGUGUUUCCAAGGGGAAACCUCAAAUUGGUCUAGUGAUGGAGGACGAGUGUGUAAAAGAAGAGAUGCAUCAUAGAAUUUCUGCUUUGCUUGAGUUUUCUGCUGCGGAUGAUCUAAUUGGCUUCAAAGACGCUGUUGAAAAGGAGGGUCAGGAUGUUGAUGGGGUGGGGCUGUGGUAUGGAAGGCGUGCUGGCUCAAAGAAAAUAGGUUAUGAAGAGAGGACUCCUCUCAUGGUUGCUGCUACGUUUGGAAGCCUUGAUGUGUCUGCUUAUAUUCUUGGAACGGGUGGUGUUGACGUUAACAGGGCCAGUAGGUCAGAUGGGGCUACUGCUCUUCAUUGUGCUGUUGCUGGGGGUUCUGCUGCUUCUGUUGAGGUUGUCAAGCUUUUGCUUGAUGCAUCUGCUGAGGUUAAUGCUGUUGAUGCUGAUGGUAACAGGCCAAUUGACUUGAUUGUCUCUGUGGCUAAUUCUAUCUUCAGUCCAAGGGCCAGGGUGCUAGCGGCCCUCCUGGAGGGUACCUGUGAUGCUGCUGCUGCUGAUCAGACAUAUUUCUCACUUCCUCAAGUGAUUGACCAAAUUGAGGAACAAAGGCAAGAAAUGACCACAUCUCGUGUUUCAAAAGAUUAUCCCAUUGAUCUCUCCCUUCCAGACAUAAAGAAUGGGAUAUAUGGCACUGAUGAGUUUAGGAUGUAUACAUUCAAAGUGAAGCCUUGUUCCAGGGCCUAUUCUCAUGACUGGACUGAAUGCCCCUUUGUUCAUCCAGGGGAGAACGCUAGGCGACGUGAUCCAAGGAAGUACCAUUACAGCUGUGUCCCUUGUCCUGAGUUUAGGAAGGGAUCUUGCAGCAAAGGGGAUGCCUGUGAGUAUGCUCAUGGUAUUUUUGAGUGCUGGCUUCACCCUGCCCAGUACCGGACAAGGCUCUGCAAGGAUGAGAGUGGAUGCACAAGGAGAGUUUGCUUCUUUGCACACAAGCCAGAGGAGCUUCGCCCCUUGUAUGCUUCUACUGGUUCUGCUAUUCCUUCUCCAAGGUCCUAUUCUGCUGGUGCUUCUGCAUUGGAGAUGGGUUCAAUUAGCCCAAUUGCACUUGGUUCUCCAUCUGUCUUGAUACCAACUUCCUCAACACCACCUUUGACUCCAUCUGGAGCAUCUUCUCCUAUUACUGGUUCCAUUUGGUCUCAAUCUAAUGUUGCAGUCCCCACCCUGCUGCUGCCCAAAAGCAGAUUGAAGACUGCUUCAACUGCAAGAGACAUUGAUUUGGAUUUUGAACUGCUUGGACUUGAAGCUCAUCGGCGUAGACAACAGCUGAUGAUGGAUGACAUGUCUGGUCUUUCCUCUCCUAACUGGAAAAAUUCCAUGCCUAAUAGUCCAUCUUUUCCUGUUUCUAUGAGUGAUCACAUUGGGGAGUUAAACAGGCUUUCAGGGGUGAAGCCAUCAAACCUUGAUGAUACCUUUGGAUCUCUUGAACAAUCAAUUUUGUCUAAAUUCCAUGGAAUCUCACUUGAUGUUGCAGGACCUCAGUUACAAUCUCCAACUGGAAUCCAAAUGCGUUCAAAUAUGAACCAGCAGCUGGGGGGCUAUUCCUCGGGCCUUUCCACCUCAAACAUGGUUGGAUCAAGAUCCUUCAGGGUUGAUCCAUCUGCUGAAGGAGCCUCGGUGGUUUUGAAUCCAAGAGCUGCUGCUUUUGCUAAGCGUAGCCAUAGCUUUAUCGAGCGAAGCAUGGUGAACCAUCAUUCUGAGCUUCCUUCUCCAAAGGUCUCUACUUUCUCUCACUGGGGCUCACCUGAUGGAAAACUGGAUUGGACCAUGAAUGGAGAUGAGCUGAAUAAGCUGAGGAAAUCUUCUUCCUUUGGGUUUCGAAGCAGCAACAGUCCUCUUACAAAGGAUUCAACCACAAUGCCUGCAAAUGUUGAUGAUGAGCCAGACGUGUCUUGGGUUAACUCUCUCGUUAAGGAUGCUCCACCAGAAGCUGGAGUCGAAGAUCAGCGAAAACAAUGCCAUAAUGGAACAGAAGCAAUUCCAGCGUGGUUGGAGCAAAUGUACUUGGAUCAGGAGCAAAUGGUGGCAUGAUUUAAAUUCUCUUUCCCGUAGUAGCAGCUCCUUAUUACAACUCAAAACUUUAUUUAUUUAAUGAUUUGUUUUUUGAAUUUUAUAGAAUUUACUUAGACGGUGACAAUUUGCAAAAAGAAAGGUGAAAUGGUCUACCAAGGCUAGGAUAUAGAAAAUGGGCAGGACGCAAGUUUUCUGCUUCAGUAACUACCCGUUACUGGGUUAAUUGAUUCCAUUUUUUCCUGAUCUUUUUUUCUUAUAUAUGUUCUAUUGAGUUGUAAGUUGUAACUUUCCAUUGACUGAAUCACAACAAUGUAGUGGGGGGGAUAUAGUAUUCAAUAUAAUGAGACUGGAGAUGUAAUAAUCUUAUUUAUGCCCAUUCUAAAUUUGCAUAUCA